GUGCAAAGCGUGCGUGUGUAUUAGUGCGGGUGUGGUGGGGGCGCCAUUUAAAUUACGUUCGCUGUGUGCUGUUGCUUCUCAUUUGUUGGCUGCUGAGAAUCCCAAAAGGCACGCACACACUCACACACAUACACACAAAGGCGAAAAAACCAGUUCGCCUAGUUGUCGCCCUCUCCUUUCAUCGCCCUCCUGCCUCACGCUCUCUUUCUCUGUCUCUCGCUUUUGGGCUCUUUGGCACUCGGCCUUUGGCUCUGCGGCUCUGAUUUUAGUCACAUUUUGGUGCUCGCGGCAAUUGGACGUCCUUCGUCUCGCGCCUCGUGCUUUAUAAAAAAAAAAAUAAACACACAACCCAAGCUAUAAUCCAUACAUUAACAUAUCAAAUAUAAUGAUCCUUUGGUGCAGCAAGGGACUUAACUAAACUAAAAGUGUUUGUCAAGAAAGUGCAGCUUAAGUGCCUCUUAAAACGAAUUUAGUUGAAUUUUAAAGUUGAAUAAAGUUAAAAUUAAAACAAAAAAGGAAAAGGAAGACAAGAUUAUGCCAUGAUAUGAUGGCCCUAAAGAUGUUAUAUCGCGGUCCCAGUUCGCGUUUGGAGAAUUUAAUCGAAAAGAUCCAGGCCACCAAGGAGAUAUCCAAUAACGAUAUGUACAGUACCCACACAUCGUCCAGUUACUCCCCAAGCAUUUCUGACGGCACAAUGACACCCAAUUCCCACCACUUACCUGGCGCUCCCAACACCGCUGGUCACGAGGAUCAUCCAGCUGAGGGCAAAGUAAAUGGUGGCACCGAUGGCGAUGAGUUACCGAAGCCAAAACGUUUGCCGCACUUCCAUCAUCAUCACCACCAUCACUAUCAUCAUCAACAGGCGCUGAAAAUAGCCAACAAGCUGCGCAAAAUCAAUAAGGAAGCCAAAAUGGGAGCUACCGCAGGUGCGGGAUCCACAGGAGCAGGCUCCAAGUUUGAUAAGUUGACAGGGGAGGGGAUUAAAAGUCGCGGCGACGGCUCCUAUCAGUGCCAGUUCUGCGACAAGACAUUUCCACGUCUUGGCUACUUGAAGCAUCAUGUACAGAGCCACGCCGAACACCUGCCUUUCAAAUGCGAAUACUGCUCCAAGCUCUUCAAGCACAAGCGUUCCCGAGAUCGUCAUAAGAAGUUGCAUACCAACGAGCGGAACUACAAGUGUCCACAUUGCGAGGCAGCCUUUUCCAGGAGUGACCAUUUGAAGAUCCACAUGAAGACCCAUGACAUCCAGAAGCCCUUCCAGUGCAGCAUGUGCAACCGGGGCUAUAAUACAGCCGCUGCUCUCACCUCUCACAUGCAGAAGCACAAGAAGAAUGCAGCCAUCCUGGCAGCUGGUGGUAAUCCUAAUGCCCUGAACUACAGUCCACGAUCCACGGGAUCUGCCUCGGCCUCGGUGUCUAGUAAUGGCAGCCUGCAAAAAAGGAGAUAUGCCUUGGCUUUGGCCUCAGAUAGUAGUCCAAGCAGAUUGGAUUUCCCCAAGAGAUCGAGAAGUAGUCAUGUGGGUGGCACUACCACCACAGCCACUCCCACUCCUCUACUACGAUGCAGUUAUUGCCCCAAGGUCACGGAGUUCAGUAGUCUGGAGCAACUGAAUGCCCAUCUCCAGAGUGUACAUGAGCAACCGCAGGCUGUGAAGACUCCAGUCCAAGAGGGCGAAGGCUUCCAGCUGAGCUGUGAGUACUGCACCAUGAAGUUUGGCAACAUUGCUGGACUUUUCCAGCACAUGAGAGGCACUCACAUGGACAGAUUGAGCAGCCCGAACUCCUACUAUGAACACUUCAAUCGCCUGGCCACCGCUGGCACUUUCAGUCCGCGACUUGCUUUGGAUAUGCCAAAAAUUAAACCGGAUUUGGGAAGUCCGGAGAGGGAAACGCGUCCAGCAGAGGAUGAUCUGCCCACGGAUUUGAGCAGCAACAAAAGGCGGCCACUGACACCCAAUCCCCAGACCCACACCCAACUGGCACCACCCACUGCCCCGCCUGGUGUCUUCUUCUGCAAUCAAUGCAACGCCGGAUUGCCGGAUUUCGAGAGCUUCAGGAAUCAUCUGAAGAGUCACAUUGCCGAGGGAAUGCAACUAGUUUGUCCACAUUGCGGAUUGAGUCUCCCGGAGCAAUCCGAGUUCGAACGUCAUGUGGUGGGUCACUUCCUCAUUACCGGGUCAGAGUUCAACUGCAGUUCCACCUGCGGCAAGAGCUUUGCCAAGUCGGAGGAUCUACAGCAACAUCUGCUAUCCGAGCAUGUGCUAACCCUGCUGAAGUGCUCUUUGUGCUCGGAACUGUGUGAGAGCCGGAUGGCCAUGCAGCUUCAUCUGGCCUGUGCCCAUAGUCAGGAAACCAAACUCUUGCGGUGCAGCGCCUGUUUGGAACUCUUCCGGUCCGAUGCCGAGUUCCAUGUGCAUGUAAAGACGCGUCAUCAGCUGGGCGGACAUCCCGCGUUGGGUGCCACUUCCAAUGCUCCCACUAAUCCGCUGCAGUGCAUGUUCUGCCGAGCAGUUUGCUCUUCCGAACUGGAGAUGCACUUCCAUUUGGCCGCCCAUGCCAGACAGUUUCGGUGCCCCUCCUGCCCGGAGACCUUCCAUGUGGAGUUUCUUUUAGACCGUCACAUGCAGAGUCAGCAUGGUGGUGGUGUCAAGGACAAGGAGGCUAGCUCACCCAAUAUGGGCAGUCUCUAUGUGAAUGCCUUGCUACCUCCUUUGGCGGCAGCGGCGGCGGCUGCGGCUGCCACAAACAACAACAGUAGCAUUAUCGACUACAAUGUGGCAUUCAAAGGCUUGUUUGGAGGAGCUGCUGCAGGAGCAGGACCAGCAGGAGGAGGUACAGGAGGUCCACCACCUUCGAGCAACAAAUUCUACAGCCCCUUGCAAGUGGACACCAAUGCAUUGAAGCCCCAAACCUCCCCGCACCCGGCUCUGAUGUACGGUCUGAGUCAGCGUUAUCUGAUGGAGAUGUAUGCCGCCAAGUCCACAUCGCCUUCGGGCAAUGAGGGAGUUGGAAACCCUCAACCUCCGACGCCACAGGCCACUGCAGUGCCACCGCCACCAAGUGCCACCACUGCCACCUUCAGUUGCGGAAUGUGCGAACGACAGGAUUUGCGCAGCGAGGCGGAACUCCACUCCCAUCGAAAGUUGGCUCACAAUCUGAAGACCGGAGUGAGUCUGAGAUGUGCCUACUGUGCUGGCAACUUCAAGUCUCGGGCAGAACUGGAGCAGCAUAUGAAGAGCUGCCACAAUUCGACGGGCAAACACAAGUGCUUGAUAUGCGAUGAGGUGUUCCCCUCACCAGCCAUCUUGGCCGAGCACAAGCUCCAGCACUCCAAGGUUGGACAGUCUGGCAAGUGCUCGCACUGUGGACAACCGCUGGAGGAUGUGGCUGCCUUCAGGGCUCAUCUAUCAGAACAUGGCAGUGAUGGGGCAUCCUUGCCAUUAGCCUGCAUUUGCUGCCGCCAGACGUUGCAUUCGGAAUUUGAGCUAAGUCUACAUGCCAAAUUCCACACGAAGUCCUCCUCGAGUGGUGGCAGUCUGCAGGAGCCAGUAUGUGCCCUGUGCUUGGAGCCCUUGCCCGAUGCCACUGAAGGACCAGCUAAGCUCUGCGACAAAUGCUGCCGCAAACAUAAUCUGAAUGGAAAGCGUGGCAAGCACACUGAGCCACCAGCAUCUCUACAAGCUCCAACCGCGGCCUUCGUAGAGAACCGCUGCAACCUGUGCAAGAUGAUCCUGCCACAUGCCCAGAAACUCCAGGAACACCUGGUGGAACAUACCUUUGCCGGCACUGAACAGCGUGGCUUCAAUUGCUAUAUCUGCUCGGCUGUUUUCACCGCACCUGGAGGAUUACUCAACCACAUGGGUGAGCAUGGAGCUCAUUCGAGGCCCUAUGAUUGCAGUAUCUGCCCGGAGAAGUUCUACUUCCGAGCUGAGUUGGAACACCAUCAAAGGAGUCACGAGCAGAGACCACGUCCACCUGUGCCAAAGGUAGAGGUUCCCACCAUUCGGAACAGUUCACCCAGCCAGAGUCCAGUGAGAAGCCCCACGAUUGUCAAGCAAGAGCUGUACGAAACGGAUACAGUGGAGUCUGCUGGAGGUGAGGAUGAGCCUGAGAAUCAUCCAGAGGAGGAGGAAUACAUCGAAGUAGAACAAAUGCCGCACGAGACACGUCCAAGUGAGAUUGGGUCGCAGUUGGAAAGGUCGACCAAUAGCGCUUGAAAAAUGAUUGGAAAAGUAGAAAAAUAUUACGGAAACUCAUCAAGAUGAGAUGAUGAAAACCUACUUAGAGGGCUGCCUAGUAUUUAAAAGACUGUUUCCAAACUUUGCUUUUAAAAACAAUGCCCCGAAGAUAUUUCGAACGUUUAGCAUAUUUAUUUUUAUAAACGAAAAACCGUUGGUGAAAACUCCAAAGUUUUGGGCCCCAGAAAACUACUAGAUCUUGCCACUUAUCAGAACAAAGCAAAUGGAACAGUUUAGUAUUAACCGUAUACUAUAUAAAUAAUUAUAUAUACAAGAUAAAUCGAACUUUGCAUAAAAAUCCAUAAACUAAGUAAACGUCAAACAUAAUCAAUAUAACACAUACGCCUAGUGUACUCGUAGAAACUUUUGACAAGAAUAACGAAAAAAAAAAGAAAAAGGAAAGCAUUUGUGUGUGAUAGUUUUUUCAAAGAUUCGACUCCCAGCUAUUUAUCUUCGAUUAUGAUUUUAACUAUUAUAGAUUUGUAUGUUAUAUAGGGCCUUGCCUCUGAUUCAGUAUUUAUAUAAUGUAUUACACGAUCCAACAACAACAACAAUAACUAACCAUGUAACUAACUAAAACAAAAAUAUCUAUGUCUUAU